GGAAGAAAGAUGAGCAACGGAGGCUGCGGCGUCGGAGGAGGAGGAGGAGGAGGAGGAGGGAUAGCGACGCGGACGAGGGUGGGGAAGUACGAGCUCGGGCGGACCCUCGGCGAGGGAAGCUUUGCCAAGGUCAAGUACGCCCGCAACGUGCAGACCGGCGACAACGUCGCCAUCAAGAUCCUCGACAAGCAGCAUGUCCUCCGCCACAAGACGGUCGAGCAGAUAAAAAGAGAGACAUCUACCAUGAAGUUGAUUAAGCAUCCAAAUGUUGUCCAAAUUCAUGAGGUUAUAGCUAGCAAGACAAAGAUAUACAUUGUUCUUGAAUUAGUUGAUGGAGGCGAGCUUUUUGACAAAAUAGUCAACCAUGGAAAAUUAAAAGAAGACGAAGCAAGGAGAUACUUUCAGCAACUAAUCAAUGCCGUGGACUACUGUCAUAGUAGAGGUGUAUACCACAGAGACCUAAAGCCAGAGAACUUGAUUUUAGAUUCUUUCGGUGUACUUAAAGUUUCUGACUUUGGUUUAAGUGCAUUUGCCCCACAAAUACGGGAGGAUGGAUUAUUGCAUACUACAUGUGGAACUCCUAACUACGUCGCACCUGAGGUCCUCAAUGAUAAAGGCUAUUGA